CUGUCGACGUUCCAACAGUUAAGAUGUUAAUAUCGGAAAAUUGGCUACGCGCGAUAUUAUUUUGGGCAGUUGCUGCGUUGGCUGUGAUCAACGGAGUGACAGCUGACGAAGAGGAGAUUGAUUAUCGUCUGCCCACGGCCCUUGCACCCACACAUUAUACGCUGUACUUGCACCCUGAAUUGGAUACUGGCAAUUUUACGGGCCAGGAACUGAUUACAAUUAGAGUCAUCGAGGCAACAAAGCAAAUCAUCUUGCAUUCGAACAAAUUGACCAUCAGCAAUGUUUAUGUUCUGAACAGAGAGGUAGAAAACUAUGAACUUGAUACUGUGCGUGAGUUUCUCAUCAUUGACUUGGCGGAGGAGUUGACGGUAAAUGCGGUCAUCACUCUGGGAGUGCUGUUUGAAGGACAAUUAUUGAAUAAGCUGACCGGACUUUACAGCAGCAGCUAUCAAGCGCCAUCAGGAGAGCAAAGAAAUAUUGCUACAACGCAAUUCGAAGCAACUUAUGCACGUGAAGCUUUUCCUUGCUUCGAUGAGCCCGCUAUGAAGGCCACCUUCCAAAUUACCGUCGUCCAUCCGACCGAUGCCUACGAUGCACUAUCGAACAUGAACAAAAUUGAAACCCAGUACCUGGGUGAGAAUACCAUGGCUACCUUUGGUAUUAGCGUUCCAAUGAGCACGUAUCUGGCAUGUAUCAUUGUAUCGGACUUUGAGUCAUUAAGUAAGACAGUGCAGACCAAUGGAAUUGGAAACGACUUCCAGCUGAGCGCAUAUGCCACACCUCAUCAGUUGAGCAAAGUACAAUUCGCCCUUGACUUCGGUGCUGCUGUCACAGAGUACUACAUCCAGUACUUUAAAGUUGCUUAUCCGCUACCCAAGUUGGAUAUGGCUGCAAUUCCCGACUUCGCCUCAAAUGCAAUGGAGAAUUGGGGAUUGUUGACCUAUCGCGAGACUGCUCUGCUCUAUGAUGAUGACUACAGCUCUACCUACAACAAACAGUCUAUAGCUGCAGUUUUGGCUCAUGAGAUUACUCAUCAAUGGUUUGGCAAUCUUGUUACCAUGCAAUGGUGGAAUGAUCUGUGGCUAAAUGAGGGAUUCGCUCGGUUUUUGCAGUACAAGGGAGUGAAUGCCGUAUAUCCAGACUGGGGAAUGCUUGAACAAUUCCAAAUAAUUGCUCUACAUCCGGUACUCGUUUUCGACGCGAAACUCUCUUCGCAUCCAAUUGUUCAAAAGGCUGAGUCACCCAGCGAAAUCUCCGCACUCUUUGAUACGAUUAGCUAUGAGAAGGCUGGCUCCAUACUUCGUAUGUUGGAGAACCUUGUGGGUUCUGAGAAGUUUGAAGAAGCAGUUACCAAUUAUUUGAUUAACUUUACCUACGGCAAUACUGUCACUGAUGACUUCUUGACCGAAGUAGCUGCUGUAGUCAGCGACUUCGAUGUUAAGCAAUUGAUGCGUACUUGGACCGAGCAGAUGGGUUAUCCAGUGCUUAAUGUAUCGCGAUCUAAUGCAGGGUUUACAAUCACACAACAACGAUUCCUCUCAAAUAAGGAGAGCUAUAACGAAGAAGCAGAGGCUAGUGAAUUCAACUACAAGUGGAGCAUUCCGGUUACAUAUAUCCUAGAUACCUUUGCCAGCGGUGAAGUCAAGGACCUGAUCUUCCAAUAUGACCAAGACUCUGUAGCUAUUGCAGCUUCCAGCGAUGUUAAAUGGAUCAAAAUGAAUGUGCAUCAAUAUGGAUACUAUCGUGUCAACUAUGACAGCAAUCUAUGGGAGGUAAUCAAUAACCAACUUAUUGAAGAACCCACUCGCUUUGCCAUUGCCGAUCGUGCGCAUCUGUUGAAUGAUGCAUUUGCCCUCGCCGAUGCCGGUCAAUUGGCCUACAGCGUGCCUCUAGAAAUGACAUCUUACCUAGCACAAGAGAAGGACUUUGUGCCAUGGUAUGUGGCUGCCUCUAAGCUGCAAUCUCUACAGAGCAGUCUGAUGUACACUGAUAGUUAUGUUUCUUACAUUAAUUAUGCGCGUUAUCUUCUCACUAACAUCUACUCAGAAGUUGGUUGGACUGUGGACGCAGACGAUCAUUUGAAAAAUCGCCUGCGAGUUUCUGUGCUAACUGCAGCGUGUGCGCUGGGAGUUCCUGACUGUCUCAGUCAAGCAGCUCAGCGUUUCACCACAUGGCUCAAUAAUCCAACGGCUGCCAAUCGGCCAGCUCCUGAUCUACGCGAGGUCGUCUACUAUUACGGAAUGCAACAGUCGAGUAGCGAAUCUAAUUGGGAGAAGUUGUGGGAGAUUUUUAAGGCUGAAUCCGAUGCCAGCGAAAAGUUGAAACUUAUGUAUGGUCUAUCCGGUGUGCAGGAUCCUCAGCUCCUUUAUCGUUUCCUCAAUCUUGGUUCGGAUGAGAGCAUUAUUCGCUCGCAAGACUAUCUGACCUGCAUACAAAAUAUUGCCGCCAAUCCUGUGGGUGAGCCGGUUGUCUGGGAGUUCUACCGGGAGCAAUGGCCUCAGCUGGUUGAGCGCUUUGGUCUAAAUAGUCGCUAUCUUGGCAGAGUGAUUGCCAGUAUAACUGGACGCUUUGAAAGCCAGGUGAAGCUGGAUGAGGUUGAAGCGUUCUACAAUAAAUACCCGGAGUCUGGAGCUGGUGCAGCGUCUCGUCAGCAGGCUAUUGAAACCAUCAAGUACAACAUUAAUUGGCUACAGGAGAAUGGGGCUAGCAUUGCCAAUUGGUUGGACGGGACGGCCAAUCCACUGACCGUCAAAAACCCAUAGUAAAAUUUCAAAUAUCCAAUUGCAUCAAUAAAUAGCAAUUAAAUGUGUCAAUUAUUACCCCGAUUCCAAUUGCAUAAUAAGGAAUGUUGCUAAAUAACAAUAAAGAAUACGAAAUUCAUGCCAUAAACUAAA